AUGCGUUUUCUCACCAGCGCAGCAGUAGCCUUGGGCUUCCUGUGUACAGCUUCUACGACAAACUUUCAACCCCGUUCUUACGAUACCCACGACUUCUUCGCUCUACAACUCGAUGAGUCCACGUUGCCCUCCGAAGUCGCCCAGGCGCUGGGCGCCCGCCACGAAGGCCAAGUAGGUGAACUACCAGGCCACCAUACCUUCUCCCUUCCAAGAGAAGAGAGCUCGAAUAUCGAUGCUUUGCUGCAGGAUCUACAGUUGCGGAGGAAGUUACGGCGGCGGUCGGGAAAUGGCGCGGCGUUAGAUAAAAGGGAGGAUGGCUUGGACGGCAUCGUUUGGUCGCAGAAACUGGCUCUACGGAAACGAUUGGAGAAAAGAAUGCCUCCGCCAAUAAAUCAGCCGAGGAGCUUCUUCUCCAGUAAGACAGACGCACAAGCCGUUCAGACUCAGCAGGAGGUUGCGAUGGCCCUCGGUAUCACGGACCCGAUCUUCGCGGACCAGUGGCAUCUUUACAACACGGUACAAGUUGGGCAUGAUCUGAACGUGACGGGUGUAUGGAUGGAGGGGAUUACCGGUCAGGGUGUUAUUACGGCUAUUGUCGACGACGGACUAGAUAUGUACAGCAACGACCUCCGACCCAACUACUAUCCCGAGGGUUCCUACGAUUUUAACGACAAGACUCCCGAGCCUAAACCCCGCCUUUACGAUGAUAAGCACGGUACGCGCUGCUCCGGUGAAAUCGCGGCGGCUAAAAACGAUGUUUGCGGUGUUGGAGUGGCUUACGACAGCCGAAUUGCUGGCAUCCGUAUCUUGUCCAAGCCGAUCGACGAUGCGGACGAGGCGGCCUCCAUCAACUAUGACUACCAACACAAUGACAUCUAUUCGUGCUCUUGGGGGCCUCCCGAUGAUGGACAGACCAUGGAAGGUCCUGGGAUUAUGAUCAAACGGGCCAUCGUGAACGGCGUGCAGAAUGGUCGGGAUGGAAAAGGUUCAAUCUUCGUCUUUGCCGCUGGCAAUGGUGCAGCAUCAGAUGAUAACUGCAACUUCGACGGGUACACCAACAGUAUCUACAGUAUCACGGUGGGUGCCAUUGACCGCGCAGGCAAGCACCCAAGCUAUUCCGAGUCCUGCUCCGCGCAGUUGGUGGUCGCGUACAGCAGUGGCUCCGGCGAUGCGAUUCAUACCACCGAUGUUGGUCUUGACACUUGCAGCAAGCUCCACGGAGGAACCUCCGCAGCGGGUCCGCUCGGCGCCGGCGUGGUGGCCCUCGCUCUCAGUGCUCGUCCGGACCUGACGUGGCGCGAUACUCAAUACCUGAUGCUCGAUUCGGCCAUCCCGAUUCACGAGGAUGACGGAAGUUGGCAGAUCACGAAAGCUGGACGAAAGUUCAGCCAUGACUGGGGGUACGGCAAGAUUGACGCAUACUCCAUGGUCCAGAAGGCCAAGACAUGGGACUUGGUGAAACCGCAGGCUUGGUUUAACUCUCCAUGGCUCCGCGUUCUUCAUGAGAUUCCUCAAGGCGAACAGGGCCUGUCUAGCUCGUAUGAGGUGACUAGUGACAUGUUGAAGAAGGCCAAUAUUGAUCGGUUGGAGCAUGUCACCGUGACCAUGAACGUGAACCACACCCGUCGUGGGGACCUGAGUGUGGAAUUGCGCAGUCCUGAGGGCAUCGUCAGCCAUCUGAGUACGGCUAGAAAAUCCGACAAUGCACCAGUUGGCUAUGUUGACUGGACCUUCAUGACUGUUGCUCACUGGGGUGAGUCAGGAAUCGGAAAAUGGACAGUGAUCGUCAAAGACACCAAAGUCAACGAAAACUCUGGAGAGUUUAUCGACUGGCGGUUGAAUCUUUGGGGAGAGGCCAUCGAUGGAGCCAAUCAGCCUUUGCACCCGCUCCCGACGGAACACGACGACGACCACACCAUCGAAGACGCCACUGUGGUUACGACCAGUGUCCAGCCCCAACCAACCAAGACCCAGGUCCCUGGUGAACCCAACGAGGCCGUCGACCGCCCUGUCAACGCUAAACCCAGCGAAACACAAGACCUCGCAACGACCACGAUUGCAUCUCCGGAGCCCCGGCCUCCCAUGGAGACUCAAUCCGCUAUCCCCACCAGCACCCCUGUGUCUGAGAGCUUCCUGCCCUCAUUCUUCCCUACCUUCGGUGCUUCGAAACGCACUCAAGCGUGGAUUUACGCAGCCAUCGGUUCCAUCAUCGUAUUCUGCAUCGGCCUCGGUGUCUACUUCAACGUGCAACGGCGCAAGCGCGCGCGUGACAACCCUCGCGAUGACUACGACUUUGAAGUCGUCGAAGACGAGGAUGAGUUACAUGCCAUGACUGGAUUCUCGAGCCGUACCCAACGCCGGGGUGGUGAGCUGUACAACGCGUUUGCCGGGGAAAGCGAUGAAGAAUUACUCAGUGAUGACGACGAUGAAGGACCGUACCGUGAUCACAAAGCACGAGAGACGAGUAGCGGAGAGCGUUAUGACGAGCCGGAGAAAUGA